AACAUCUCCCAAAUGCAGAAGAGGAGCCGUUCCUCAAUUUUCCCUCCAAUUUUCCUCAUUUCACAUCUUCAUCUUCUUCAAUUUUCUACUUCCCCAAAUUUAAUUGACAUGAAAAAUUCAAUCAUUAUUCCUUCAACCACCGAACCCAAUCAUAACAUAUCUACUGAAUUACUCUCCAUCAAACACAACGGCCGUUCAUUACCGUCCUCAAUUUCGUGCAGCCGCCACAAAAACCCUAACCAAAACACCCAAUCGGCCUCCAUUAAUCUCCGAAACUUCAACAUCCCGUUAAUUUCAUCGGCCACCGGUUCGCCUCUCGACUCAAUCUGCCUCGAACCGGACCGGCUAUACACAAUCGGCCGAAGUCAAACCGAACCGAAAUGUGAUUUUGUGUUCAGUGAUCGUCGCGUUAGUAAGCAGCAUUGUCAGAUUUUAUUUGAUAGUUUAAACCGUAAAAUUUAUGUUAUUGAUGGAGUAUCAUCAUUGUUGCAAAAUAGUGUUAGUAGUAGCUGUGUUGUUUGUGAAUUUCGGAAAAUGUUAGUUACUAGUAGUGAUCAAAUGGGGAGUCAGGAAGAGGAUAAUUCCGAUAAUUCGGAGUGUUCGAGGAUUAGGGCUAGGUUUUCUAUGAAUGGAGUGUUUGUUAAUGGACGUAGGGUUAGAAGAGGAUAUGUUAGAGAGUUGUGUAGAGGUGAUGAGAUUUUGUUUGUUUGCGGAAAUGAGGGUUUGUGUAAUUUAGGGGUUAAAAUUGGGUUUUUGAUUCAAGAUGUUGUUUUAAAAGGCGAGGUCGCUGUAAAGGAAAAUGAGGUUCAAUUAGAGAGUUGUUUAUUUGGGACUAUGUCAACCUCAAUUGGACGCUCACAAGGAUCGGUGUCUAGUGGGAGUAGGAAAAAAAGGGUUUUUGCUGUUCGGGCGGAUGAAAUUAUGGCUACAGCUUGUAAUUUUUCGAGGCCAAAAUGUGGGUCAAUUGUGAAGAGAGCAAAGUUUUUGUUGAACCAUUGUAGGCGAAUUUUGCAUAGUAAUGAUCCCAUAUCUUAUUUGCAGCAAUGCUAUAUAUCAGAUUUCAGAAUGGAGAUUACAAAAGCUCACAAUUGCAAAAUGAAGUUCGAUAAACGUGAGGCUUUAUGUGAUAGCAGUACUGGGGUUCAUGAGCAGGAGGUAAAUAAGUCUGCUCUUGUUUUUAGGCAAGAAGCACAUCACUAUGAGAAGUCAGAUGUUGACCAGACUGUUAAAAUUAACAAAGAAAUAGGUAGCUCCAAGUGUGUUUCCCUUGGAUAUGAUACUUUACAUGGAAAAGACAUUUCUAAGAAUGAUUUUGAUCAUAGUGGCGUGAAGAAUGCUUUUUUCCCUGGUGAUGACCAGAUGAAACCUCAGGAAGGUUGUUGUCAACCACCUGGAAAGAAGUUUUACCUGAAUCGUCUUCUUUUUAUGGAACAUGAUUCUUUAAGUCAUAGAAAUACAGUUUCCUUACCAGAACUUCUUCAUCCCACUGAAAGCAUUGCACAGAUAUUUAUUGCUACUUUUACUAGUGAUAUUUUAUGGUUUUUGUCACACUGUGGGAUCCCAUUCCAUCUGCCUGUGACAAUUGCAUGUCAUAACACUGAGAGAUGUUGGAGUCCUAGAACUGAUGAUCGAAUCUCCAUGCCAUACUCUAAUUAUCCAAACUUAGUUGUCGUGUUUCCCCCCUUCCCUGAGGCCAUAGCAUUUGGCAAUGACCACAGGAGACAAGGCAUUGCUUGUCAUCAUCCCAAGUUAUUUGUUUUACAGAGAGAAGAUAGCAUUCGUGUUAUCAUCACUUCUGCUAAUUUAGUACCAAAUCAGUGGAAUAACGUGACAAACACUGUUUGGUGGCAAGAUUUCCCUCGUAGAAGUACGCCUGAUAUCUCAUCUCUUUUUAUCAGUGUUUCUGAUGGAAUAAGUCAAGAUUCAAGAUCUGACUUUGCUACUCAGCUUGCUGGCUUCAUGGCAUCUCUUGUGAUUGACAUACCUAGUCAGGCCCAUUGGAUGAUUGAGCUGACAAAUUACAACUUUGAUAGGGCAGUUGGAUAUCUGGUUGCUUCAGUACCUGGUAUUCAUUCUCGCAGAACUCCUGCUUGUGUGUUUGCAAUGGACUCAAUUGAUGUGAAGCUCCUGGGAUCAGUUGAAGCAUUUGUUGUUGGUUUAAGCCACUUGUUUCGAAUGUCAGCUGACGUAAAUGGCGCACUGUUAAAAAAAUUGGCUGCUUUCCUGGGAAGAACUCAUGAAAAUGCAUUUGGAAUGUCCGAGAUUGUUUUGAGGAGAAACACUAAUGUGCCUGCAGAUGUGAAUGCUGUGAGCGUUCUUGUUCCCAAUCCUGAUCAAUUUGCUGAAGGAGAUUGUGUUCAACUUGGAUUUUUGCCUAAAAAUGUGGCGAAGUGGGUUUCUCCAUUGUGGGACGGUGGAUUUUUCAAAUUCUCUGGAUACAUCCAUCCUAAAGAAGCGCUUGCAGCUGCUUCUGGAGGAAACAACAUGCGAUUACAGUUGAUGCUACAUGUAUCACAGGGGCCUCGCUUUUCACACUUGAUGACAGCGCUGCAGCCUGAACAUGUUAGUGCAAUUUGUUCUCUAAUUGCUUCAAUUCAGAGGUGUACAGGCCUUUGGCGAUUACAAGAGGUUCUGGAUCAGUAUAAAUGGCCUGAAGCGGAGCAAUCUGAUUUUAUUUAUGGCUCAUCUUCAAUUGGGUCAUCCAUCAACGUUCAGUUUCUGUCAUCAUUUUCAGCAGCUGCUGGAAAAAGAUCACGGCGGCUUUUUGAUUCAGAAGAAUCAGAUCCAGAGUGGGGCUGCUGGACUGCUAGUCAAGAAUUGAGAAAUCCGUCCAUUAGAAUAAUUUUUCCUACAAUUGAGAGGGUGAGAAAUGCUUGUAAUGGAGUCUUGCCUUCAAGGCGCAUUCUUUGCUUCUCAGAGAAAACAUGGGAAAGGCUGAGAUCUGUAGACAUACUGCGUGAUGCAGUUCCUCGUCCUUGUGAUAGAGUUGGGCACCCAAUGCAUGUCAAGGUGGCUCGUAGACGUUUUCAGUCCAAGAAAGAUGCAUCUUCUUCUGGUUGGAUCUAUAACGGGUCACAUAAUUUUAGUGCUGCUGCCUGGGGAAGGACUCUAUCCAAACCAGUUGGUCCAAAGCUGAAUGAACAUGAGAAGAUCAAUUCUUCUUCAUGUCAGAGGCUUCAUAUAUGUAAUUAUGAGCUAGGAAUCAUUUUCGUCUUCCCUCCAUCAGGGACUAGGGGCAUUGCGAUCAAAGGUACUGCUACCUUGGAUGAUGUGGUUUUGCCCUUUGUUGUGCCAGCUCCAAAAUAUGGAGCAACUGAUAAGCCAGCAACCAAGCGAGCUAUGCGAGAGGCAUUGGCUGAACUCAAAGAUCAAGAGAGAGAAAAGUUGGUAGAAUUAGCAAAUUUGGAAGAAACCGAAGAGAUUCCUGAUGGAGAAGACGAAGAAGCUAUUGAAGCAAGUCAAGUAACAGCUCCUUCUGUUGUAGAGGAGAAGGAUGAAGAUAAAGCUUAUGCUGAGAUGCUAUGGAGUCAGGUUGAUUCAUCCUAAAUUUCCUGUCCGGAAACGAAGUACAGGUCACAAUUCGUUAUUAUUUGUUAUACUGAAUUGAUUCUAUUCAGUAAAAAUACGGUAUUCUUUGGGAAUUGGGAAAAGAAAUUAGGAAUUUCAGUUCAUAAUUAUAUGUAUUUAGUCCAAGUUUAUUUUCAGUUCUUUAGGGAAAUCAUUCUGUAAUGUACUCUUGUGAGACAUACCAAAGGAAUGCAACGCCACUUUAUACC